AUGAAACCUUUUAAACCCUCCCCUUUUGGCCAGAAAUAUGCUAUAGAAGAUAAUCCGUUUCUUAUGGAUGAUAUAUCAGGGCAAGAGAAUUCUAUAGUCAGCGCUAUCCAAAACCCUACAAAUUGUAUGAUUUAUGCAGAUGCAGGCGUACCAAGUAUUCACAUACCAGACAAGACCAUUCCUAAAGUAAUACAGUUAGUUGGAAAAGGAUUAAAUAUAAUACCAAUCAUUCCCACUGGAGUUAAAGCAUUAUUUAUUUCAAAGAAUUCAAUCAAGAAUUUAGUUCCAAUCGAACAGCAUCCUACACUUGAAAUUAUUGAUGCGUCAUAUAAUAUUAUGGAAGUUGCUCAAAUUGAUCCACCAAUAAAUCUUAAAGCUUUGAUAUUAGCAUCAAAUGCAAUAACAGAACUUGCUUCAACUUGCAUAUUAUCUAAUUUGCAGAUAUUAAAUCUCAGUCAAAACAAACUUACAGAAUUUAACACAGAAAUUUGUCCAAAUCUUGUUACUUUAAACUUAUCUUUCAACCAGCUUAGAGAAUUCACUAUUUCUUCCAAAUCUCUUGUCGAAAUUUCUCUUCAAAAUAACGAAUUGACAGAAUUAAAUGUUUAUGAAGCUGAUAACCUUUCCAGACUAGAUGUUUCUAAUAAUCAUUUUGAUUCUGUACAAUUUGUCGAAAAAAUACCAAAACUACAGCAUUUUUCUGCAAGCGGAAACAAUCUUGAACAAUUUUGGGAAUCUUACGUUGUUUCUGUUGUUAAAACAAUUGUUUCUAUAAACAAACGUGUUUUAACUGAAGGAGAGAAGGCAAUUCACAACGAUCGUGUUGCUAGAGCCAAUAAACAACAACAAUUUGUUCCAUACGCAUUAAUUUCAGAAAUUCGUACCCAAUUCAAGCAUGUUAAAUCCACAACAGUACAACAAGAAGAAACUCCACAGGAUAUCGUGUCUAUUUGGCUUGCAAGAUCAAGAGAAAAAAAUCAAAGAUACAGAACUGUCGAAUAUCAGUCACGAACCAUCAAAACAUACGCAAACAUAGAUAAAAAUAGAAUACUAACUGUUUACGGACCUCUAUCUUCAAAUGAAUAUUCAAAUAAACCGUUCCGAGGAAUAACCUUAAUUUAUACUCCACUUCAACACGGUUCUGCCAAUUUGAACAACAUUGUAGAGCUUGCCAAGCAGCAGCCUGUUAUGCUAACGCUCAACCACAAUAUGCUAAAUACGUUCAAGGACCUUUUAUUCCUUAGAUUCUUUGAUACAGUUACAAUCCUUAGUAUUGAUGGUAACUUGGCUGCGAAAAUGAAACUGUUUAGACCUUUUGUUGCCUAUAUAAUGCCUUCUAUCAACGUUAUUAAUGGCGUUGAAGUAACUAAUUUGGAAAGAGAAUCUGGACAACAGCAUUUCGCUAAUGUUCUUGCUGUAGCUCUUGGACUUGUCCAAGAAGAGUAA